CGCAUGAAGAGGAAACAUGAGGGAAUCACCUGUGACUUCGAUCGAUUAUUACCUGCUACCGAAUAAGAUCCUGUGUGGCGCAGGCGGGAUGUGGCCUAUCGACGAGAAGAGUUCGAUGUUUACCAAAGUGUUCGCGUACUUCCGCUUGAUAUACGGGUUAAUAGCAGUUUGUAGCUUUGUCAUACCGGAGCUGAUGCUAAUAGCAUUGAAUUGGGGCGACAUCAGAAUUUUAGCAGAGGUAGGCUCGGUUCUAACGACGUUGGGGCAAUGCCUGUUUAAAAUGGUGUAUCUGAUAAUAAGAAGAGAGAGAACGGGCAGACUUUAUAACGAAAUACGAAGCUUAUGGCUUUCUUCCGACGACGUUAAAGACCGACUGUCUUACGAGAAACUAGCCUAUUGGGCAAGAAUUUGUACAAUCGGUUUCUUCACGUCCUGCAUGUGCAACGUAGUCACCUUUUCGAUCGGUUCAGCAAUGAAUUCGUUCAAGGGUGGAUACAAUGACAGCAAUCAAACUCGAGAAUUGCCUUUCGAAGUCUGGUACGGAGUAGACGUUUCGACGUCUCCCUAUUUCGAGAUCGCUUUCGCCUGGCAAGUUUUAACAGCCUGCGUUAGCACUGCCGUAAUUUGCGGCCUGGACGCUUCGUUCAUGACCACGAUUUUGCACGUGGCUGGUCAAUUUCGGUUGAUCAGUGCGUGGAUAAACAAUAUCAGUGUCGAAAUAAAUUACAAGGAUAUUGACCCGACGAAGUUAAAAGCGGACUUGAUCAGGUGCAUUCGACAUCAUCAACGAAUUACCAAUUUGGUAAACGAUGUGAAUAAUUUAUUAACACCGAUCAUUUUCAUGCAACUCCUUACGAGCGGGAUAGAAAUUUGUUUAAGCGGCUUCGCAUUGGUCGAACACGGGGCAGCGAACACCGACAUAGUAAGAUUUAUAUCUUAUUUAAUAGCGGUGUGGGCGCAACUUUUAAUGUUGUGCUGGCCUGGUGAGAUCCUCGUUCAAGAGAGUCAAGAGAUAGCGCACGUGGUGUAUCUCGAUCUGCCUUGGUACGAUUUACCGCCGAUGUAUCAGAGGCAACUUUGCCUUAUAAUAGUUAGGGCACAACGACAUAGUAGUAUCAAGGCGUUAACGUUUGAAACGUUAUCUAUUCACACGUUAACGUCCGUAUUCAACACAGGCGCGUCGUAUUUUACUUUAUUACGACAGAUUCAAGAGAACUAAAGACAAACACAAUGAAUGAUCUCGCUGACAUGGGAAAUAAUCUCCAACAAGAAUAGUCGAAUAAAAUGUGUAUA